AUGGAUUACAUCGAUCACAAAUAUGGGUAUGAUAUUCAUCGCCGGGGCUACGACGACGAUGACGAUGACUACGGGGAGAGAGAUUACUACGACGAUGGUUAUAGGGAUGCUUCCUCGGACGCAUCUGAAUCUUCUCUUGUAAGGGUGAGGCGAAGAUUGACCAGGGCAGAACGAUACCGCAAGCCAACGAACGUCAUCGAGGUUGAUCUCAAGAGCAUUGACGGGGGGGCGACCUUUGAUCCCAAAGCACCGGCACGAGAGGCCACAGAGCAUAGGCUCGAUAGACUGACUCUUAUCCGUCAGCGUCAUCAUUUUGAAGCCAUCGAAUGGCGCAAGAUCCUGAGUAUUCGCAGAUAUGUCAACCAGGACAGGAGGGAAACCGCUUUGGUCACGUCUCAGAUAUCACCGGCAGGUCGGAGAAAAGACGAUUUCGAGUUUGAGUGGAUACACUUGAAAGCCAAACAUCCACGGCUUCAUGAUGUCCUGAACUUUGUGGCCGCUUUGGAUUCCGUGCAUCCCGACGAGCGCAGCCUCGCCACCAUCCUGCUGAGGAAAGCCGUGGAGGAUCACGAACAAAGUCACUCCUGGGGCAAAUUCUUGGAAAACAGGGUCGACCGUUGUGAUGGCCACAGAGGGUCGGAGCCUGACAAGUGGGCCAUCUUCCUCUCGAUACACCACCUCCAUGCCGCUCCCCUACCUCAUGAUAGCUCUGUUGACCCGGGCUCACACCACUCUCGGACGCUGUUCGAGUACCACUACAUGGACCAAGAGAACACAAUGGAGCUGGAUACUAAGCAGCUGCUGCGCCAGGCCUCCCAGUUUGGCGAGAUUCUGCAUGCGUUCGGCGGCGGCAGCAUAGUGACGGUCUUCGCAGGAACCCUCAUCACGAUAUCCCCCAAUGGGAUGGACGACUGUCUGGGGCCGGCUGUUGUCAUAGAAGACAUCACAAACCAGUCUUUCAAGGCUGGACUCCAGCUCGUUCGUUUCUUGGAUCCGACAGACCGACAAUUCUUUGUGCCCUCGGCACAGUGUGAAACAUGGUUUGCCAUGAUGGACAAGGUUGUCGGUCUAUGCGGGAACGUUUAUGGCGAUGACCCUCAGCGUUAUCACAUCACCGCCGUCGAUGGAGUGGAAGUCACUGCUUCCGAGUGGCAACAUUUCUUCACUAGUCAAGACGGCUUUUGUGCCACUGUACGCAUAUCUCUUUCCUCUACUACACCACCUCCACCUACCCAGCUCUCUGCGGGUUCCGACCGUAGCUCUAUUACGAGCAGCGGUAGCUACGGUCGUCGAGACCUUAUACGCAGUCGCCGGGACGACAGCCCGAGCUACCGAAGGCCUAGACGCCGGUCACCUCGGGGUCACAGCAGGCACCGAGAACGGGUUGUAAUCGAGGCUAGGAGAAGCAAAGAGGAUAAGGAGGCCGAACAAGCCAUGAUCGAAAAGAUGAACCAGGAGAUCGAACGUGAAGUGGCUAGUGUGUUGCAACCUAACCACGAUCCCGCUAGCAGGCCUUCCGCAGACAUCCCGGAGAAUGUAGCCACGUUGACCUCGCCGAUGCAGGCGACUUCUGCAGAAGAGGAAUACAAAGGCAUUCUUUCUACCUACCGAACGGACUCUCCUCCUCCCAUGGACACGACGUCGAGCGAGCAUCGGACCCAUCACUCCCGGACUCCUGUACGUCGGAGAGGAACCAGGGGGACGACUGCCGAGUCAUCUACUCCAGUUGUGAGGCGUACUAUGAGAACCUCGACUCACGUCAGUGAUUCGGCAGGCCGGCGAAGAGAAAAUCCGCUCACCCUAGUCGUGUACGAGACAGAAGGUGCAAGUAGAGCGAGAGAGACAAGUACGACGAUGCCUCGCAGGUCAAUGGGCACAGGAUUCGAUCGCAUCUCUUCCCUAAGAGCGGUGGACCCAGCUGUUGGUGACGACCGAGAAGGCAACCGACGCGCCGGUACACACAGAGAUACGAGGUCGAACGAGGAGCGCGAACGGUCCAUCAAGCGACGGCGCGAGAACCCGGUCUAUCGAGUGGACGUUCUUCCCCACAUCAUCACCAACAAGCCGCUCCACGCCGGAAAGUCUGACCACAUCUUUUACUUGCCUAAAGAAGUUUUUGACUCUGCCAUAGGCCGAUCAGGAGUUGACGAGGGCCAAGGCUCUGAGGUUGUUUCAGAAAGGAAUCAAGAAGUUGGGAUCAACGCUGCGUCAACUCCCGCUCCCCGGUCUGACAAGCUCGUGGCAGAGUUCUCUCAUUCUCAGGAGGCGAAGACGAGCGCGAAGGUAGUCGAGGACAAGGCUUUUCAACAACCACCGACUACGCGCUGGAAAACCGGAGGACACAAGAUGCUGCCUCCAACAAACAUGCCACCGCCAGUGUUCCUAUGGCAGACCGGCAACCCUGUGGACAAAUCUCCUGUCGUUUCACCUCCUGCCGAGUACGGCAGCGUCCCAAAGAACAACAAAUCGACCAUCCAGGAGCCCCAGGACUGGCAAGUGCUCAACUUGAUUCUCUCGCAGAUCAACUUGUCUCUUACCCGAGGUAGCCGGAUCAGUGUCGACACCGUGGAGAAGCUCCAAGAGAAGGAGGCGCCCAUUUACAAGCUCAUACAGGAGUCCUCGCUAGAGGCUGUAGAGGCAGCCUACUCCCGACUGAAUCCACCGCCAGCCGCCGAUCAGAAUCCUGCUUCAUCGGACAUUGUUGAGAGGAUCGGGCUGUGCUUGGAGAUCCUGAAAGAGUUAAUCGACUUCUUCUUACCCCAUGGAUACCCAUCUAUCGUUCUUGGGAAGUUCUGGGGCGGUGUAGCUCUUUGGCUGCAGCAACUCGAAAAAAUGGUGUCUGCCGAAUCGGGUCAAGAGUCCCGCCAUAUCAGACAAGGGGGUCGCUUGGAGUAUCCCCUUGACGCCUUUUAUGUGGUAAAUGCUGAGCUGGCGCCGCGAAAUCCACAGGACCCAGCGCUGAAGCUCCCAGAUCGCCCGGUAGAGGAGUGUUCGGAUUGCAUACGCCGACGGGCUCACGCCGACAUAAACGCAAUAGUCUUGCACCUUAACAAGGUCCACUUUCAGCAUACAGAGGUAACCGAUGAACAACUACAGCCAUGGAUACGCAAAGGUGACAAAGUCGAUGGGUUCCAGCUGCGUUGCGACGCCAAGCGACUGGUUGACACAGUGCUGGACCACUGUACUCAUCUACGAGUGUUGAAAGACGAAAUCAUCUCAGGGGUCUGUGGCAGUGGCAAGUUCGACUCGGUCGUCUACCGGUUACCAAAUGGGCUGGUGCGUGCCUUCGAGCGUAUCUUGACUAUGAUGGCGUACUCUGGAUACGCAGCCUCGGUCAGCGUCCGCGAGUACCACGCGUCCCCUGUGCGAUUCCGCCGAUUCUUUGAAUCGACGUACCAGAACCACAUCGUGGAACUGGGCUACGCAGCCGAGGGCUCGUUUGACGAAGCCAAAAGCAAUUUGAUGCUGAUGAGUCGGGUCAGCGAGUACUCGAAUAGCAUUCAGUUUGACACUGUAGGACCAGAGUACAUGGUCCUGUUGCUCCUCUCUGGUCUCCAGGACAGAGGAUCCAACCGAAACCCACUGUGUCUGCCUAAGUUGCAUCGCAAGGAGAUGAAUAGGCUGCUUUACGAAGUUCAUCACCACCCGCGUCGUCGCCUCCUUCAAGAGAUCCGACUGCUGGAGACCGAAGUCAAGGCCAUAGAAACCAUCCGGGAGGAUUUCUACCGCGUUGUGGAGGACUACGCCGGGAUGCUGGCUUCCAAUGGCUUCAAGAAGACUACCACGACACGCAGGAGCCUUUACCGUGACUUUGAGCGACGUCUCGCAGACAAGAUUAUGAAGGACAACCGGCAGGACGAGCGCGAUUCCGACGUCCUUCUUAGGGCAGCCGACGUGCUCUGCAUCGAGCUGACACAGGCAGUCGAGAUCCAACAGGAGGACCACGGCAAGGCCAUCCUGGUCUUCACUAUUGUAACGAUCAUCUUCCUACCCAUGUCAUUAGUGACGGGCUUCCUGGGCAUGAACACGGCUGACUUGCGCAAUCUGCAUUCCGGCCAAUGGAUCUUCUGGGCCGCUGCAGUGCCGCUGACCUGUGCCGUCGUAGGGGUGACCGUCUGGAUCGGUUACAGGGGGGAAUCGUUAAGCCGCUGGCUGUGGCUGUGGAAGGCGAAUAGGGGCCGGCGCCAGCUGCAGUCCACGAGUUGGCUGGAUAGAAGAAGCCACAACAGGAAGGUGAAGCAAACGAAGGAGAAUAAAUUCACCGAUAAGGCGACCGCUGCGGAGGCCACGGAGGGUCUCUCUCAGUCUUACCGGACGAGAUCAUCAAGAGGCACACACGGCCCGGCCUCGGUGGAAGGAGGUGGCUUCUUGAACGUCUAG